AUGAGAGACCUAGUUUCAUGUUUGAGUGAAAACUCAAUAAACGUUUCAAAUCCUUCAUGUUCCAGCUACUCUAACAACCAAUGUAUCACACCAAGCACUCAUUCACUUUCAAGUUCAACCCAAACCUCAGUUUCAUGUAUUUACAAACUAGUCCUCUCAACCUCGAAACAAAUUGUAGUCACCGUCACAUGGUGCAGAAAUCAUUCGAAUCAAGGACUCACCAUAUCCUUCAACAACCAAGAUCCAUCCAUCAACACAAACUCACGCUUCUUCCGCAAGAAAAAAGGCAGCAAACUCAUCGAUUUCCACGAUUCCAAGGUAACUAUUCUAUGGGAUCUGUCAAACGCAAGAUACGAAACGUCGACAUCGCCGGAGCCGCUUCAGUUCUACUACGUCGUGGUGGUUGUAGACUCCGAACUCGGUUUAAUCCUCGGAGAUUCAGAAACCAUAGCUACAAAAAUGAAGGAUAGCAUUCCAAUGGCGAAGGUUUCGCUCUUGUCACGUAGAGAAUAUUGUUCCUCAGCUUGGAGAAACAAAGGGAAUCAGACCAUUUUUGUCGAUGGUUUGUUGGUUGAUUUGCUUUGGGAUGUUCAUGAUUGGUUCUUCAAUUCGAGUUCGGGUUCGAGUUCGAGUUCUGGUGUUUUUAUGUUUAGGACAAGGAGUGGUUUGGAUAGUAGAUUGUGGUUGGAAGAGAAGAAUUCUCACAAAGAUAAAGAUAGAAUUGAGUUCUCAUUCUUCAUCUAUGCAAGUACCUUGACAUGUGUUUAUGACUCCAUGGCCCCUCCAUUUUCAACUUCACUCAUACUCAUACAAUACAAAUUAUUACCAGCUACUUUGUGGGUGCAUGUGCUUUACAUGCAUAUCCUAAAUAAAUAG